AUGCACUCUACCCACAGGGAAUACAUAAAGCUUAUAAAAUGCUCGAACAAUGUGGAGUUCAAGAAAAACGAAGAGAUAGACGCGCUGGAAAUUUGCAUGGAAAAGUCAAUCAAUUUAAAAAUAAUGCAGUACUUUGUUAACAUAAAGGAGUUGUACUUGAUAAAAAAUAACAUCUCUGAUGUAACCCCCUUGCUGGAGUGCACAAAUCUGAGGGUCCUAUUUUUGCAAAUCAAUAAGAUCAGGAGCGUCCUAGGGCUGGGGAAGCUGAAGAAUUUGGAGAAACUGAACCUGUUCAGUAAUGAACUGACGGAGAGCGGCAUCGACCUGGGAGAGAACAAACAGUUGCACUACAUUGACCUGAGCGACAACGCACUAGAAAGUAUCGACUUCUUCUGGUGCACGACUUCUUUUGUACAUAUAAAUUUGGCCAACAACCGCAUUCGAACCCUGGACCCGCUGCGCAAUAAUGCAAACUUGGAGCACCUAAAUGUCAGCGGAAACAGGCUCGAACGUUUUGAAGACAUCCAGGCGCUUCGCCUGCUGCCGAACAUUAAGGAGCUGUACCUCAGUUCGAUCUACUACAGAAGCAACACUUUGGUGGGGAGCCUACUCUACAAACACUACUUCUACACCAAUUUUCCAAAUUUACUGAUAUUAGAUCACCAAGUCGUGAGCAACCAAGACAGAAAGCUAACCGCGCGGGAUAUGGAAACACUCAAAAGCAUCUCCGACUUCAAAAUGAAUUUUAUCGAAGAAAAAUAUAUAAAGGAAAAACACCACCUCUUAUUCAUUAACAACAAAAAUUUAUUUUACUUGAAUGAGGUUCUAUGGCCAAUUCAUUUUUACUUCAACAUGCAGGGAUCUCCAGUGGAUGCUACUACUCAUGGGGAACACGAGCGAAUGGCAGAGAUAAAAAGGGAGGUAUCUUUUUUCCUAAGUGCGUACACCUCCAGAUUUAACUACAUCAUGCGGAGGUUGAAGGAGGAGCGGGAUCUGCAAAUAAGAUAUGUCUCUACGUCGAUGAAUUCCUAUUUCAACAUUUUCUUCCAAGUCGUGACGAAGCAACAGGCAGAGUACGCUGAAGUCGAAGACUUACUAAAGACGAACUUCAGCGCAAAGUCACUAAAGAGCUACUUUGUGGAGGACAUAAAAAUUGAAAGCAUUGUAAAGGUGAAGAAGCUCAACCAUGGCUGCCUGGACGAGUUAAUCGAAGACCACCUGAACAGCGUGAUUUAUAAAAAAAAUUUGCUCUUUCUGCAUCCGUACAAUUACUGCAAAAUUAACGACCACUUCGAUUUUGACGAGAAAGAACUUGUGGUGGAGGACCCGGAAAGGAAGAAGUUCUUCGAGAGUAACUUUGUCUGCUCGUGCCUCAGCUUGAGCCACGUGUUGAAGACAGCCAUCAGGACGUUCCUCGCGGAGGAUCAGGAUGACCUGGUGCACCCGAUUUACCUCAGAAACAGGGGGGCGGCAACACCAGCAGGCUCGCCAACGGUGGAAGUUUCUCCCUCCACGCCCUUCUCUCCAACCGCGUGCGCCAACACAACAGAGGUGAACCUAAAGAAGAAAAUUGUGCGAAGCAAAAAGUUCGACUUUCCCCCAGUUCGCAUAUACGUGGUGGAGAGUUACUUCUUCCCGAACGAGUACAAAGAAGUGACAGCCUACAGCUCGUCCGCAGGUAGGAAAGAUAAUGAAAAAAACGAGGAGUCUAAAUUUAAAAUAUAUUACACCCAGUCAAGACACACCAACUUGAAAUACAUAGUGAACCUCAGUCUGGUGAGUAGCGGCGCAGUGGUGAGCAAGGCGAACUCCCUUACAAGGGUAGGUACAGAAAAAAAAGGGAAAGGGACAGAGAAAAAAAAAAACAUCGACUUGGACUUCCUCAAUUGUGUAAAAAUACAAGAUACCGUGGAUACUCCAAAUGAAACACAUGGAAAAAAAAAACUUAAAAAAGAUUUUUACGAGUACCUUUUAACAUUCAAAUUGAUUAACUUCUUUCAUGUCACGAAAUAUUUUAUCAAGUUGAGUAAAAUCAUUUGUGAAAUUAAAAAGUGUGUGUCGCUUCUUUUGGCUAGAUGCAACUUGAAGCACCUGCUUCCCUUGAGUGUCAAACAUUUCCAGGACAAGUUAGAAGUGACUUUACCUGAGCAUGUUAAUAUAUUGGAGAAGAAGAGGUUGGACCUUGUCCGCCUCGUUAGAGGGUUAUCUGCAGGCGGGGCAUCCCCCACUGGGGACACUACUUCUGUAGCAGCUACACAAGACGGGGCAGACAGCAAAGAGCACGCGGAAAUGGAGGCCCUACACCUUAGCAGCUUCCACAUACACAAACUGAACUUGCGAGUUGUACAGGACAUUUUUAAAAACUUAAAAAAGUUAUGUCUAGUUAAUAACAACAUCAGCGACUUGAGUGUGUUUUUUCAUUGUGGGGACGAGGACAUUGAUUCUUUAGUGCACCUCGACCUUUCCUUUAACUGUAUCGCCACCCUUGCCCCGAUAUACAGCAAAUUUAGAAAGUUAAUGCACUUGGAUGUAUCUUUCAAUUGUAUUUGUGAUUUUGUCGAAAUUGUAAUGUUCAGUCGGAAUCAUAAGGAGGUGGAGUCGCUGUCAUUUGUUGGCAACUCCCUUUAUGUGAAACCCUCGCACCAGGUGUGUGUCCACCGGAUUUUCCCUCGCAUCGUAUGGCUUAACGAGGUGCGCAUGACGUCCAGUGGGGAGUUCGAUUUGGAAGCGCACUCCUCGGUCGAGAGUCAAUUGGGCAACGCCCCGAGCAGUGACCAACACGCCACAAUUCUCAAGGAGCCCAAGUGCAGUAACUACCUGAAUAAUGUGCAAGUAGUAACCCUGUCAGACCUGUACACCCCCCUUCCCAUCUCCGAUUUCUCCGUUUUGGCAAACUUGAAAGAAUUAAAUUUAUGCAACAACGGAAUGGACAGUGUGGAAGACCUCAAACUACCAACAAGCUUACGUACGCUCAACUUGAGAAACAACAGGUUAAGAGAUAUUAACUUUUUAAAAAGCAAUUUAAACAUUGAAAAUCUUAUAUUGGACAAAAACAAUCUUGUAUGUAUCGACAUGGUGAACUCUUUGCAAAAGUUAAAGGUACUUAGAUGUGCACAUAACAAAUUGGAGACCAUCCCGUUAAUGCAAAAUGCACAGCUAGUUGAACUAAACAUACACGAUAACUUUAUAAAAGACAUUACUCACUUGGUGUUGAUGAAAAAAAAAAAAUCUCUAAGGUCCAUAAACAUUUACAAUAACAAAAUAAAUUUUCCCAACCUAGAACUCUACAUUAUACACACGUUCAGAAAUUUGAUCAUCUUAAAUGACACAUACAUAGAGAGAGGAGAUCAUGUGGAUUCAUUUUUUAAAAAAAUAUACACUCUGAAUGUUUUUCAUGAUCUGUACAACUUGUUUCCUCCUUACACCUCCUUGAGAAGUCUUGAAAUUAAAAAUUUGAAAAUUCGAAGCAUCAUGUUUCGCAUCAGCAAUGAGGACUUUUCCAACUUGGAGCGUCUGGACCUUUCUAACAACUUUCUCAACAGCAUCUCCAACGUGGGGCCGCUAGACAGCCUCAAGGUCCUCCUCCUAAACAACAACAAACACAUCAGCGACGAGUCCUUCACGGGGCCAGACGGAAGGAACGUAUUGAACUGUUUUAAAUCACUUGAGGAACUAGAUAUUAGCUCUUGCAUGUUGUGCAGAACGGACUUCCUCAGCAAGUGCACCAAUUUGAAAAACUUGAAGAGCCUCAACUUGGAAGGAAAUAAUAUCCACUCAGUGAAGAGCCUGUCUCACUUGGAGAGUCUUCUUGACUUAAAUUUGUCGAACAACAAAGUGUCGAAGAUGUGCCCUGAUUCCUUCCCCCCCCAGUUACAGCGGCUCGCUGUGUCCAACAACUUGAUCAGAAAUCUGGCCCCACUGCGCACGCUGCAAAAUUUGGAAAUGCUGGACCUGCGCGUUAAUCGAAUCGACAACGUGGACGAGUUCAUCUCAUUAAGAGACAUGCACACGUUGAAGAUUCUCUACCUAAAUGGAAACAGAAAGAUAAAGGAACACUUCCCAAACAUCAGGAACAUGCUCAAGCAAGUAGGAACCUUCGACGACAAAAUUGUGAAAGAGCAUGAAGAGGUGAUGCACCAUAUGUCUGAGAAGAAGGAAUGCGCCAGAGGCGAUCGGGAGACAAACGCGAAGGAGCCGCGGGGGGAGACUUACAAGGGUUCAACGAAGGACACCAUUAAGGAAGACACCAAGCUUAUCACUAGGAAUAUCACCAGGGAUGUCAUUAGGGAAAUCAAUAGACAGGCGCCAAGAAAAGGGGUGGCCACCCGCGCACAGACUAAGCUGCAGCGACCUCCAAAGAAGAAGGACUCAUUUGAUGAGCGAAUUAAGAAAGACAGCUUUACCAUUAUAGGUAAACGUGCAAGCAAAAGCGGUGAUUACUAA